UUCCUGCUGGGAACAAAGGCAGGGCUGUGAGAUGGGAGUUUAGUGGCAGCUAGGCUCUGUGUCCCUUGGGACAUGGCUCAGUUCAGUCCUGUGGGUGCCUGGGUGAGGAUUUGGGACCUGUGUGCAGGAGGGAGAGGAGGAUGCAUAACAGAGCUUGGACAUCCCUAGGGAUUCAUGCAUUCUGUGCUAACCCUGUUCUGUGCCAGCUUCAUCCUCUGUUUCAUUACCAGCUGUAAAUCCUGGUGCCUCCUGCCUUAACCUGCUGCAAUUUGGGUUUUCCAGGCACAAUGACCGAGCAGCAAAGUCCCCCCGAGCAGAUGGCGACUGGGGAGGGUGCUGGCGAGCGAGGAGGCACCUAUAAGAUCACCAUCUACGAGCUGGAGAACUUCCAGGGGAAAAGGUGUGAGCUGACAGAGGAGCUGCCCAACAUCACCGAGAAGGAGAUGGAGAAGGUGGGCUCCAUCCAGGUGGAGUCUGGCCCGUGGCUGGGCUUCGAGCGCCAGGGCUACGCUGGGGAGCAGUUCGUGCUGGAGAAGGGCGACUACCCCCGCUGGGACUCGUGGUCCAACAGCCACAGCAGCGACAGCCUGAUGUCCAUCCGGCCCCUCCAGAUUGACAGCGCUGACCACAAGAUCCACCUGUUUGAGAACGCGGGCUACACCGGGCGCAAGAUGGAGAUCGUGGAUGACGACGUGCCCAGCCUGUGGGCCCACGGCUUCCAGGACAGGGUGGCCAGCGUCAAGGCCCUGAAUGGAACGUGGGUGGGCUACGAGUACCCCGGCUACCGGGGCCGCCAGCACGUCUUUGAGAAGGGCGAGUACCGGCACUGGAACGAGUGGGACGCCAACCAGCCCCUGAUCCAGUCGGUGCGGCGCGUGCGGGACCAGCAGUGGCACCAGCGGGGCUGCUUCGAGAACAGCUGA